CGGUGCCUGGGACAGACGCUCGGGGCUGUUCGUAGCGGGCUGCGGGCGGCAUGGCAGGCUCGGGCCCGAAGCGGCGCGUGGCGACGAGCCCCGGCACGGCCGAGGAGGAGCGGCAGGCCCGAGAGCGCAUGCUGGGCGAGCGGUGCCCGCCGAGCGAGGGCGAUGGCGAGGGCGUGACCCUGCAGCGCAACAUCACUCUGCUCAACGGCGUGGCCAUCAUCGUGGGCACCAUCAUCGGCUCGGGCAUCUUCGUGACACCCACGGGCGUGCUCAAGGAGGCGGGCUCGCCCGGGCUGGCGCUCGUCGUGUGGGCCGUCUGCGGCGUCUUCUCCAUCGUGGGCGCGCUCUGCUACGCCGAGCUGGGCACCACCAUCUCCAAGUCGGGCGGCGACUACGCCUACAUGCUGGAGGUGUACGGCUCGCUGCCCGCCUUCCUCAAGCUCUGGAUCGAGCUGCUCAUCAUCCGCCCGUCGUCGCAGUACAUCGUGGCGCUGGUCUUCGCCACCUACCUGCUCAAGCCCAUCUUCCCCACCUGCCCAGUGCCCGAGGAGGCGGCCAAGCUGGUGGCCUGCCUCUGUGUGCUACUGCUCACAGCUGUGAACUGCUACAGUGUGAAGGCGGCCACCCGGGUACAGGAUGCCUUCGCUGCUGCCAAGCUCCUGGCUCUGGCCCUCAUCAUUCUCCUGGGCUUCAUCCAGCUCGGCAAAGGUGACGUGUCCAAUCUCAAUCCUGGACACUCCUUCGAGGGCACCAACCUGGACGUGGGCAACAUUGUGCUGGCCCUAUACAGUGGCCUCUUCGCCUAUGGCGGCUGGAACUACUUGAAUUUCGUCACCGAAGAGAUGAUAAACCCCUACAGGAACCUGCCCUUGGCCAUCAUCAUCUCGAUGCCCAUCGUCACGCUGGUCUACGUGCUCACCAACCUUGCUUACUUCACUACGCUCACCACUGAGCAGAUGCUGGCCUCCGAAGCUGUGGCUGUGGACUUCGGGAACUACCACCUAGGGGUCAUGUCCUGGAUCAUCCCUGUCUUUGUGGGCUUGUCCUGCUUUGGCUCCGUCAACGGCUCCCUCUUCACAUCAUCCAGGCUGUUCUUCGUGGGCUCCCGGGAAGGCCACCUACCUUCAGUCCUGUCCAUGAUCCAUCCACAGCUGCUCACGCCAGUGCCCUCACUCAUCUUCACGUGCGCCAUGACCCUGUUCUACGCCUUCUCCAACGAUAUCUUCUCUGUCAUCAACUUCUUCAGCUUCUUCAACUGGCUGUGUGUGGCUCUGGCCAUCCUUGGUCUGCUCUGGCUGCGCUACAAGAAGCCAGAGCUGGAGCGGCCCAUUAAGGUGAACUUGGCACUGCCACUCUUCUUCAUCCUGGCCUGCUUCUUCCUCAUCGCUGUCUCAUUCUGGAAGACACCCGUGGAAUGCGGCAUUGGCUUCGCCAUCAUCCUCAGUGGGCUGCCUGUCUAUUUCCUCGGCGUGUGGUGGCAGAAUAAGCCCAAGUGGCUGCUCCAGGGCAUCUUUUCCACCACUGUUGUCUGUCAGAAGCUCCUGCAGGUGGUACCCCAGGAAUAACUGAACGGGCACCAGCUGUCAACGAACCCAGCGGACCCCGCUCAUACCGGCUGGCCCGCACCUGCACACUCCCGGGGCAGUGGCAGAUGGGCCCAGCCCUUAGCGCCCAUCUUGGUUUGGUGCUCAUGGGCCACAAUCCGUCAUUCCUCUGCUUGGCUCAACGACUCCCCUCACCCUAUUUUAUUUGUAAUAUUAUUUUUUUUUAACUUAAAUUUGAGGUCAAGAUGACAGUACCAGGUAAUUAUUUUUUAAAGAAAUGGGGCACCUCAGGGAAGGUACCAACAGAGCCCUGUACAUGGCAGAUGGGGUUCCUGGACAGCCAGACAGGGACCCCUGUGCUGGCCCAUCAUCCAGCCCCUGGGCAUAGGACUCUGUCUCCUGGUGACCAAGGCUCACAACUCUGGGCAGGGCCACCUCUGCACAGGGUGUGUCUGGGCAGGGCCAGGGGACGGGUCAUCCUAGAGCAGGGAGGGAGAGACAAGACAGAGUCUGGACUGGAGAGAGAAUCAUGUCCUGGAACGUGGCCUUCAAGCUGCAGGCAUGAGAAGGCCAGAGCGCUGUUGUAGAAUCCUCAACACUGGAGCCCCUGGGAGUUCUGCCCACGUGUGUGCCUAUCUGGGCUCUCCUACUCCUGGGGGCGGUGGUGGCCUUGUGGCCUUCGUGCCCACCUCAUGGCUGAUCUGUUACACUGGGCAGGAAGGGGUUUAUUGGUUUGUUU